AUUUAAUAAUGCUAACAGAACAGAAUUUAGACUGUCUGUGAAUAUGCAUUAUGGACAUAGUGCUGUUACCGCAUGUAGAGGUCUAAAGGUUGACUCCCUAGUAAGUAGGGGAAAACUGGGUGUUUUGCAGCUGUAUAUAUAUAUACUGUAUAUACAUGAGCAAAACUGAAUGCUAAACAUACAGACAGCUGUGAGAAUGACUUUGCUUUUUUGGUUUUUAGUAAAUCUGCAGAUUAAAAUGAGCCCAUGUCCUAGACAGGGUUUUUGCAAAAAGCUUGGCAUGACUCAGAUCAGGUUAUAACAGAUUCUUCAAAAACCUGAAGAACAGGUCUACUGUGUAAACACAGCUUAAGCAAAUAUACAGAAAAUGCUUUGGACAGUGCAGAAGGAGAACAUCUGUCAGGUAGAGGUUUAAUAUACGUUUCAGUUUUCAGAAAUGGCAGAAAAAGAGGCGUUAUCUGGUGGUAGCAGUCGGUCAGCACAGAGUGGACUCGCGGCGCCCUCUGCAGGCAGCCACAGCGUACUGCAGGACGGACUGAGCUUCACUCCACUGGACUCUAAGGACGACGGGGCUGUCCAGCCUUUCCCCCGCUCUCCAAAACUACAGAGGAAGAUCGCCAACGCUGCACGGCCCUCUCAGGAGCAGCUGUCCAGACAUCUGGAGGAGCUGCAGGCAGAGAGGACCAGGACUGAGGCUCACAUCCAGUCUCUGAAGAAACGCAAGGCAGAUCUCUCUAAGAGCACAGAGGUGAUGAAGCAGCAGGUCAGAGAGCGCUUCGAGAACAUGCGGCGUGUCUUGGAGCAGGACGAGCAGGCCGUCCAGGACACUCUGGAGGUGGACCUGAGACAGACCAGGACCAAACUGGACCAGGUUCUAAAAGACUGGAAACACCACCAGGACCGGGUCGCUAAGAGCAUCGGCAGCAUCCAGAGAGCGCUGAGCAGCAGCAGCGGCAGCACCGCGGCAGAGGACGAGGAGAAGGGUCAGUCUGAGAAUCUGAGCGCGAAGAAGCCGAACGCCUCGGAGGAGGAAAUCCGACUGAAUGAAGAGAGAUUUGAAAAGCUCCUAAAAACAUUAUCCUCCGUCUCCAGACACCUGAGAGCUCAGCUGCAGAGGAAGACUCUACUGUUAGAUUCGUCCCCCGUGGUGAUUGACAGGCAGACUUGCCAUAGCCAGAUCACGGUGACCUCAGAGGGGCGGGGCAUGUUCUUCUCAGGCUCCGCCCGUUCCGCUCCGGAGCAUCCCCUCCAGUUUGACAAAGUGUCCUGCGCUCUGGGCUCGUCUCCGGUAACAGCCGGCGAGAGUUACUGGGAGGUGGACGUCCGCUGCUGCUCUUCCUGGGCCGUGGGCGCGGCCUACGCCCGCCUGGACAGGAAGGGCCGGGACAAGGGCGCCAAACUGGGCCGAAACAGGAACUCCUGGUGCGUGGAGCUUCGGGACGGCCGCCUCUCCGCUUGGCACAACGACCGGCACGUGGCGUGCCAGGGCGUCGGGCAAGCGCCGCUGGGUAAGGUGGGAGUGUGGGUGAGCUACGACAAGGGCCAGCUGAUGUUUUACGACGCGGACACCAUGGUGGUCCUGCAGAGGUUCUCGGCGGCCGUGACGCCGGUGUUCGACAGGGCUCAUCACCAGUUCACCGAGCCUCUGUACCCGGCCGUACGCUUCCUGAAACCAACAGAGAACCUGAUGUGUCCAAAUCACCUGGAGCUCUGUCACCUCAACACUCCGUGAUACUGCAGUCUCACUCCAGAGACUCCAUCUGAAUGUCUUGCUAUUGAUGAUGUGUGCAGUCUUUUUCUGUCCCUACAUAUACAGCGUUACAGUAGAACACAUCAUGAUACGUGAGAACAAAUGAGACAAACUGACCUGAAGUCAAUGUCCAGCAGCAGACUCUGCAUCGGCUUAUGAAUCUGCUCCAGGUUUCGCAGCUUGAUCAGCUCCUGAAGUCUGGCACAAACAACAACAACAACAACAAGUAUUGACUAAAAACUUCAUAAAAAAAUGAUUUCUAACGGUGUUUAAAAUCUCAGUCAUGUGAUCAUUUUGUUACUAUUGGCCAAACUUCUGUGUAUUUCCGCUGUAUAUAAUGCAUAAAGUUGGCUCCCUGUGGCUUUUUAAAAAUGGAAA